GAGAGAGAAAAUAGGAAGCAGAAGCUCCGCGCGGCGCCGCCAGCCUUCGCCCCAAGCCCCCGCCCGGGCCGCGCGCGAUCCAGGGUCUGCGCGCGCCCCACGGCGCGUCCCCGUCGGGCCCGCGCGCCUCGUGCCUCGCGCCUCGAGCCUCGCGCCACGUCCCCGCCCCAGGCCGGCGCGGCCCUGGGUGUGGCCGGCGGUCUGGCUGCGCUGGUCUCGGCGGGGAGCUGCACUUCGCACACGGGCUGCGCGCGAGCGGCCGCUGAGCGCCCCGCGGACCCAGGCUGCGCCCGGUCGGUACGGGCCGGAGCUCCCUCCAGUUGCUUUCCCUAGUUAAUUUCUUUGGUAAACAAAAUUGAAGGAUGAGUGAACUGGAACAGUUGAGGCAGGAAGCUGAACAACUGCGGAAUCAGAUUCAGGAUGCUAGGAAAGCGUGUAAUGAUGCGACACUUAUUCAGAUCACAUCAAAUAUGGAUUCCGUGGGUCGAAUACAAAUGCGAACAAGACGUACACUGAGAGGUCACCUAGCUAAAAUCUAUGCUAUGCACUGGGGAUAUGAUUCAAGGCUACUUGUCAGUGCUUCCCAAGAUGGAAAAUUAAUUAUUUGGGAUAGCUAUACAACAAAUAAGAUGCAUGCUAUUCCUUUGAGGUCCUCCUGGGUGAUGACCUGUGCUUAUGCUCCGUCUGGUAAUUACGUUGCUUGUGGAGGACUGGACAACAUCUGCUCUAUAUAUAACUUAAAAACCAGAGAGGGAAACGUGAGAGUGAGCAGAGAGUUACCGGGUCACACGGGCUACUUGUCCUGCUGUCGUUUCUUAGAUGACAGCCAAAUUGUUACAAGUUCGGGAGAUACAACUUGUGCAUUAUGGGACAUUGAGACUGCUCAGCAGACCACCACAUUCACCGGGCAUUCUGGAGAUGUGAUGAGUCUUUCUCUGAGUCCUGACAUGAGGACUUUUGUUUCUGGCGCUUGUGAUGCCUCUUCCAAAUUAUGGGAUAUUCGAGAUGGAAUGUGUAGACAGUCUUUCACUGGACAUGUGUCAGAUAUUAAUGCUGUCAGUUUUUUCCCUAAUGGAUAUGCCUUUGCCACUGGCUCUGAUGAUGCCACUUGCCGGCUCUUUGACCUUCGUGCAGACCAAGAAUUGUUACUGUAUUCUCAUGACAAUAUCAUCUGUGGAAUCACUUCCGUAGCCUUCUCAAAAAGUGGGCGCCUCCUGUUAGCCGGUUAUGACGACUUUAAUUGUAAUGUGUGGGACACGCUAAAAGGAGAUCGUGCAGGUGUUCUUGCUGGUCAUGACAACCGUGUCAGCUGUUUAGGUGUAACUGAUGAUGGAAUGGCUGUGGCAACAGGCUCUUGGGACAGUUUUCUUAGAAUCUGGAAUUAACAGUGCAUACACAUUUUCUGUUCUCCAUUGAUAUCUGGAGAAAUCAGUGUUACAGCCUAAAGCUGUGAAAAAAAUUCUACCUUAUAUUUGCAGGUGAGGAUUUUUCUAUUGAGAUUAUUAUAUACAAAAAAGAUGCUUUCAGUAAACUACAAAACGAAAAAAAGGUGAACAAUACAAGGCAAAGGUGCUUGCUGGGAUUAAAGGACCAGUGGAUUCAACUGAGGAGCUGAGCUAAUUUAACCUUGCUGAAUUUUUGCUUCUACUCAGUCUAAUUAUUUUGUAUAGAACAGACUGGAUGCAUUAUAACAACCUAUCAUGUUUGUGUUUGCACUUUUUAAGAACUACAUUUUUAACUUCAUAUACAUAAUAAGCAAUGUCACAUUUUUUAUUUUGUAAUGGAGGAGUUAGGUACAGUAAUAGAUGGAAGUGAUACUGUAUGUGUAUGCACUUAUGUUUGAAGAAAAUCUUGAAUCCUGACUGUCCUUUUUAAUCUAAAAGAGAUCCUUGUUGCUUAAUGUCUAAGAAUGCUGGCAGGCCUGGGUAUCUCUGAGAAGAGCCUUUUUGAGUAUCAUUAGUUUCUCUGUAUCCUUUGCUAUGCUAUCAAAUAAGUGCUCAUUUUCAGUCAUUUGAGGAGGAGAUAAUCUUAAGACUAUAUUUCUGCUCUUCAGAUUUCACUCUGAAAUUUUAGACAUCCAUAAGAAACUUGUAUGUUAACAAUAAGUAGACAGCAGUAAUCACAUAUAAAUGAUUUUUUGCAUUUAAAAAAAGAGCUGGCUAUGGUCCAGUCACACUUUGGGAAGCCUUCUAAAUAGUUGGACUUCCUACUGAUUUCAUAGUCUAGAACUGAAUCAGUAGGGUACACUCAUUAUUUCAGAAGGUUGACGAACAUUUGAAUUGUCCUUGUAUCUGAAGGAUCCUAAUGUUCUCCAUCAACAUGCAUCUAUAUAGGAAAUAGGUGAUGAUAUGUUUCUGAAAAAAGUGUAAAAUCUAACCAAUCACUAGACCUGAUUAAUUAUAACUAUAACAGGUAGCUUUAUGAAUUUAUGUUCACAUAAAAUCUGAAUUGAUGUAAACUGUGCCUUUAAAAUUUUUUAAACAUUCAAGCUUUUUGCUCUAUUUCUUCUUUUAGCUCAAAAUAUUGGUUUCUAAGUGGUUUUGCUUCAAAGAAUGUCUAAUCCAAGUGACCCUACUUUAAAGCCAAAGAAAAGUUCCAAGAGCAAUUCUUGAAGGAGUCAGAUAAAAUACUAAGCAAUUCCUCUGCUUGCUAAUGAUAUAAUAAUGUGCCUAUUAUUAGAAUGGGCCCCUCUGAAUUUAAACAAAGAUAAUUUCCCCCAUGGAUUUUCUCCCACAAAUCUAAAUGGUUGACAAUAGAAGGUUAGUCUUGCUUUAAAGAGAAGUCAUGGGUUAUUCUGACAUACAAAAGUGCAUUGUGUUUUGUAAUUUAGUGAACUGUGUCAGUUACUGUCGAGCUAGGUCUCUGUUAACUUUUGGCCACCUGUAACGCUAACCUAAUAUUCCUAAAGUUCACUUGUAAAUUUUCAUUCUUAUAUUAUGAAUGUGCUGGUAAGUGUUAUCAACUAUAACAUAGUACCAGUUUUAAGAUCAGUUGAUACUAAAAAGAGAAUAAAAUGGAUAAAGGAGGAUUAAGAUAUAGGACCAAAAAAACCCAGACUAUUGUAGAUGGCAGUUACGAAUAUAUAUGACUUUUAUGAAUUUUUUGCUAUUAAUGUUUGUAAAUAUAAGUAGUCACUUCAUAAAGAGCAGCUCUUUGAGCUAAGGCAAGAAUAUUUUAAGGAACGUAUUCAUUUCUAAAAAGGGGAGGGAGUGGUUUGCUGUGUAGUUCAGUUAAUUCACUGCAAAAUCCUAUUCAAGAAAGUACUUCUGCCAUGUGCAAAAAUAGCCUUAAAAAGGGGAGUAUCUCAUCUCUUCAACUUUAAAAGUUAUUCUAGUAACAGGAUACUUUAGUCUGCUACACAGACUACACAAUUCCAUGGUCUUAAACAUGUUAGAAUAAAUGAUUUAAUGUAUUAAAGUUUUAAUAUAGUUUAAAAGCAAUUCCCAUAAUAAAAUAUGUACUAAGCAACUGAAAACUAAACCACCGUUGUGGGUAAUUAUACAUAUAAAUAUACAAAUGGUGACCUCCUUACAAUAUUAAUUUACAUAAACUUUUGCUUUCUAGUGAUAGGGGUUCCAAUUGCUAAAUACAUUUGCAGUUCAGCUGAUGUAGUUUUCAGCUGAUUGUCUAUUUAAAUCUGUUGUACAUAAGACUUCCUGAAAUCAUUAAGUAUACGAUUUGUAGAAGCACCAUAUAACUUGAGUCUUAGUUUUUUAAGGCUUAAAAAUCUGGCCGAGUGUAGUUUUAAGAAAUUUGCAUGAUCAAGAAUAUUGUAGUUAUCUGGUGCCUAAAUUUUUUUUACUUUGUAAGUAUUAAAACUAGAAUAGUAGUUGACAUAUGGCAGGCGUAUUUUAAAGGCACAUACUCUUUUCUAAAACCAAGUAAUAGUGAUUUCCAUGUGGCCUGGUGAGUCAUCCCCAAACCUUACUACCAGCAAGGACAUCUCCUCUACUUUAAUGGCCAGGCCUUAUUUUUGGCAGCUAUAAUUAUUAGAGGCUUAGAAUAAAUAUCCAAAGUCCCUCCCUAGCUCAGAUUUUCAGUUAUGAUUCCAUGGUUAUACAUGCCAUACUGUGUUUCAUUUUUAUAAAAGCAAAGAUUUGGGCUUAGUAUUUCAACUGCAAUAUGGAGCCUACGAGGCAGUUUUCCAUCAUUUCAGCUUAGUCAACUGAACUAAUACUGCAGGAUGAUAGUGAACUGGUCUCCUAAAGGUGCUUCUGAAAUAUGUUAAGCAAUUUUACAAUUAAUCUAUUAAAAAAGAAGUGCAUCCUGACUUCUCCAAGUCACAAAUUAAAUAAUCUUUGCUAAAAAAUACUGUGCCAAUAUUAUAACUCACCUUCUCUAACACCUUUGGUAUAUUAGAUUUUAAAACAAGACUUUUAAAAGUGAAAACAGUGAAAUUUGUUUUUAUUACUGUUAAAUGUCUCAAUUUUAAAUUAGAACUGAAUGCUUAUGGCUUAUUUGUUGAAGUUUUUAAACUUAUGGAAACCAAUUAAACAAUCUCCCAAAUGGGCCUAUAAUUUUAAUAAUGAAUAUGUUCUUUCUAGAUUCUUUGGAGGGUGGGGUCAGGUCAGGAUUAAAAUUUUAAAAAAAAUUAAGUACUAUGUUCACCUUCUAAUUUCCCUUUUGCCAUUGCAGAAAGCAAAAUUUUAAGCUAUUUCUUACUUCUGUUAGAAUUUUUAAAAUACAAGUCAGACCAUCUUGAGAGAAAGGAUAGCACAAUGGCUAAAACUUCUUGAGAGAAAGGAUAGCACAAUGGCUAAAACUUAUUUUGAAUUAGGUUCAGCAGAAUGUGAAGUCCACUUGAUAUUUACUAGUUUUUCUCCCAUUGUUCAUUUUGAGUUGCUUUAAAUUCAGUGCUAUGCUUAAAAAUACUGGUUAAAAUAGGUACUCAUUAAAAUGUUUAUAACUGAAUGUCUGAGUUAGCAUUGUUUUAAGAAGUACUUUAUUAAUCAGAUGGUACACCUUGUAUUUAGAAAAUGUUUGCAUGUUGAUGAAAUUUCCUAGAGGUCUUUUUUCUUAAAUCCAAUUACUGAUCCUAUAAAAGUUAUAAUGCAGCAUUAUGGAACAACUGCUUGUGUUUUUCAACAGGUGUUAAAUGUGCCUGACAAAAUCUUGUAUCAUAAACAGUAUUUAUUUUUUAAUUACUAGUACUUCAGUGAUAUACUGGGUAAAUAUUUCAAGACUUGUCUUUUACACAAUGGUGCUCUAUCCUAUUGUUUUCUCUUUUCAAAGAAGCAUCUGAACACUUCUAUUUGCAUAUUCUUAUCCAAAGGAAUCCACAUGUAAGUGGGUUCAGUUGAUUAAAAUGUUUUUUGAUAUAGAAUGGUUUCUAUCCACUUGUGGCCAGCUGACUGUCAGUAGUAUGACUAUGGGAAAAACAAACAUACUGGAUUAAAGCUGUUAAAAAAGCUUUAAACCAAACUGGACUUUUACAAUGAUUUAACAGUAUUCUUGGAUUUUUCUUGCACAGUGAUUCAUUCCUUUAUUUGUACUGUAGCUCUGUGAAAUAAAGUGUCUGUGAAUUGAUAUUGUAAUCAAUAAAAUGCUUUUAACCAAA